GUCCAGAAAAGCGCUGCACUCUUGACUCUUGACUCAAUCAAGAUUUAGAGUUGUGAGUGACUCACGACUCAAAGUCAUUACUCGAAACUCAUCACUCGCCGCUCAUCAUUUCACGAUCCACAGUCUCGCAUUUCGAGCCCAACUCGGCACACGGCACGCAAUCACUUGCACAUGCGGAGGAGGAACGACUUGCAAAGUCCUCACAGCUGCGAACACUUCCAAUACACCAACACUCAACGUCCAAGUGCGAGUGUAAUUGGACGCCCUUCCACUCGAUCAAACAAAGCAGCGAACUCGUAUCGGCUCUACUGAAGACUGUCGCCCCUCUGGAGCGCACUCAGUCAAUGAAAUGAGGCCCACAACACUGACGAUAAAGCAUUUGGCCAGACGCACAACUCCGCUGGCUCAUGAUGGGCCUCUAGAAGCGGUGUCUUUCCGAGGAGCGACUUUCGGCUCCCUCGGCCGGACGAACUUCCUUCGCUCUCCCACAGCGACGAGGAGCUUCAGGAGAUGUGCGCCAUCUGAGAGGAUUGCAGCUUUGGCUCAAGUGAGCCAGCAUGCCGGCUACACUGCGCAGCAUCGAGCGCUUCCCUUUCCGGAGUCUUGCUCCACCUUCCACCUGCCCUCGCGCUCUUACUCCGCCACGUCUGCCGGCUCGUCAAACACCUCCAAAGCUUGUCCGGAGUGCGGCCGUUCUAACCCGCUACCAUCGCUCGUUUGCACAGAGCAAUCGUGCGGUGCAAUCCAGGUUCCGGCAGGAGAUGCAGAGGGAGUGACCCCUUACGAGCUGCUGGGAUUGCAGCUGGACGGGGUGGAGGGAAACGGCUGGAGGGUGGAUCUUGAUGAUUUGAAGGCGAGAUGGAGGAAAGCUAUUGCUAUGACCCAUCCCGACCGAGCGCGACAGAGGGGAGAGAAACAAGAACAGCUGGCAUUGGCUCAGUCCAGUGUGUUGAACAAAGCUUACCUGACAUUGCUAAAUCCCUUGGCAAGAGCGACUUGGCUGCUGGAGCACGGCUCCCAUGCAGCACCCGGUGAAGAGGAGGGUGUCGAGGAUCCCGCCUUACUGAUGCAGGUGAUGGAGUUUAGAGAAGCUUUGGAAGAGGCUUCAAAUGAGGAGCAAGCCGAGCAGGUGGGCAGCGACAAUCAGAUCCAACUACAGUCGACAUUGCAAGCUCUGGACGAAGCGUUCACUAGAGCGCAGCCUGAGUACGAGAAAAUCAAGAGCUUAAUCAUACAGCUCAGGUACUGGAUGAACAUAGACAAGGCAGCAAGAGAGUGGAGCCCAGGGCAACGCGUGGAGCUCAAACAUUGACGUCGCUUGCAAUGUCGGAUUUUUGCUCAAUGUAGCUUGCAUUAUCGAGUAAAAGGGGCACGGUGGGCGUUGGGCGUUUGGGAGGCGAAUACACAGUAGAGUCUCACCGAUCUUCGCUUCAGGCGCGGACGCAAAGGGCUCACAAACUCGGCGAGACGAGGAACGCAAGCUGAGCGGGAUGCGCCGAGGCCAUGGCGAGGUCUUUGAGCAAGGAGCGCAAGCCCUGUGCUCGAGGGUCGAAAACUGCAGGCAAGGAAUUGGAAAAUUCACUCUGCUAGCCUUCCCAAGCACAUCAUGGACAUGCACCUAGCAGCACAAACAUCCCAGACCUUUUGCGCGUCUGGCUUUGUCCGCGUUCGCGUCGCAAGAUCGAAGAGGACUGAAUGCUUCCGAUGUGUCCGGAGCCCUGGUGAGCUCCAAGCAGGCAGUCAUGAUGGCAUGACCCUAACCGACGUUGGCAGCGGG